AUGAACGAAUUGAACAACAAUGACUACGAUUUGGAUCUCGACCUUCAUGCUAUCUGGCAUGAAUCCUCUGGCAUACCGACACCACCUCCCUGUCUCGCUACUGAUCCCAAUGAUCUGUGGCAGGAUUUUCUUGGCAAAGUCGACCCUGCACGAUGCGAAACUCCAGGGUCUUCCUUGUUCGAAUGCCUUUUCUACCCCAAUAUCGACAGUCUGUCAGGCUUCAAGUGGACAGGGCCAGAUCCUCUGUCCACCUCUACUCAGGCUAGCGACAUUUUCCUCCAUAUGUCAGCGCUCCUUUUCCCUAAAGACGUGCACUGGAUAGAAUUUCGAUUUGUGCAAUUUGACCGGACAUCUGGUGAUACUAUAGGAGAGGAUCUGAUCUUCCUGCCGCGGGUUGAAACGGCCCUGGGGAAUCUCUGUCGGGUGCGCAGACAGCUGCUGGACACAAUCACCUGGCAUACUGUUCGUGCAACAGGCACUAGCUUCCGACUGUCCCUUUGGCCUCGUACGGAAUCUCUACCUUAUUCGGGUCUCUCGACACAUACUCAGUUGGCUGCGCUGCCCCCGACGCUAUCCCUGGAUCCACGGAUUUUUUUGCAUAAUAGAUCCGGUAAUUACAGGUGGGAUUGA